AUGGCAAAAAGUGUUCGUGCAAGUGUGCAAAAGCGCAAUAAAGCAAAACUCCGCUCUACUGUCUUUGGGCCUGCUGUGGAUGCUAGGACAGAAAGAUUAUCCGCAAAGUUGCAAGAGCUUGCCUCUCAGCCUAAACCUAGCGAUCAAAUCAAGUCGAAGGCCUACAUGGAGACCACAGAGAUGGAUAAGCAGGGUGAGAACACCGAGACCGAUUUACCAACAAACAAUGAAGCAAUGGAUAUCGACUCCUUGAAAACCAGCGGCGGUGUUCGAUCGCAACGGCGAGGACGGAUCCAGAAGCGGCAGAGGAAAAAUAGCUCAUCCAUCGUUUUCAAACCACAUCCGUCAAAGACAAAGAAAACACAAAGAAAAAAGUAA